AUGCGGAGGAUGCUGCCCCCCGCCGGCGGCGGCUGCAGCGAGCCGUCGGUGCUCGACCUGCCGGAGCUGGCCAUCGAUUGCAUUCUCGAGAGGCUGCAGCCGGCGGAGCUGUGGAGCAUGGCCGCCGUCUGCCGUUCCAUGCGCGAGCGCUGCCGCGGCGACCAUCUCUGGGAGCGCCACAUGACCAGCAAGUGGGGCCGUGUCCUGGGCCUCGCCGCCAGGGACAAAUGGAGGACGCACCUGGCGUCCGUCAGCGAGUCCGGCGCAGCGAGCUCCGUCUCGGGCGGCGGCGGCGGCAAGCGCUGGAGGUGGCUUGCCGCGCUGUCCUGCGUUUGCCCGGUGGUGUCCUGGAUGCAGCCCAAAGCCGACGGUGGCAAGUCGUCCGCCCCCGUGCUAGAUGAUUCCAUCAUGUCGUGGUACCUGUCCAUGGAGAGCGGCAAGUUCUGGUUCCCGGCUCAGGGUCUACAACCGCGAGGUACCAUCUCACGUCUUGUCAUUUACUAG